ACUUCAACAGGUUAUGAGCCUUGACUUCUAGACAUUAGAAUCGACCCUGCAAUACGCUCGUCAUUCCUUCUAGCAAGUUCGACAAAAUUGUCGAAAUCCCAAUAUCGAUCUAUCAACAACAUCUCCAUUCCGGUGCUAUUAUCUCCUACUGUCCGCACUUCAAACUCUCCCCACAAGCGCUCCCUUCACAUACCUACGACGUCUAGUUCACCCGACAAGCGUCAAUACUAUAGCCUUGUGGUCGAAGUUAAGAGCUACAUUGCUCGAGGAUCCAUUGUUUUACCGUGAGAAGGAUCAGGCGGGCCUAAACCAACAGCCGUGCCCAUCGCUUCUCCAAAACUCCACGCUUUGCACACACGGUCUCCCUACCUUACCUUGCCUCAAUUCCAAGCCAUCAUCCAUCUGCCAAAUUGCCAAGAGUCAAGAAACCUAAAACUAGUUUACUUCUUUUCAGAUUUGAAAGACAGCAACCUUCUGGUUAGUCAGGGAACCGCUGUCUCGUCACCAUGUCCUUUCUCGGCAACUUCCUCCUAAUCGUUGACAAGACCUUUGACUCUCUUCCCAUCCUCGCCAAACGUGAUGAUUGGCCUCAGUACAGCCGCCAACUUCGCCUAUCCCUCCUUACUCUUGGGUUGCCUCGUCUCCUCGAUGUGGGGCUUGCCAUUCCGCUGUCACCCGCUCCGACUGUUCCUUCUCCUGACACCUCACCCAGUACCGUUUCUGCUGGUGCUGCACCUCCUCCUCCCUCUCCCAUGCCUUAUGAUCCCAUCUUGGAGUCCAAGGACUCUGUAAUUGCCGGCGCUAUCCUUCUUCGCCUUGAUCCUAGUAUCCACGAAACUUUCGUCCCUAUUGCCAUGGAUGGCCUGGGUAAUUAUACUCAUCGUCUUUAUCCUGCUCUCUCCCGUUCCUUCGGUCACUAUGACCCUCAGCAUGUCUAUGCAAAAGUUAAAGAGUUCUUUGAGAUGGAGUGUGGCGAAGGGGACGAUGUGGUAGCCUGAAUGCGUCGCUUGGGGACAAUGCGUCGUAACCUUGAGGAAAUGAAGAUGGACUGGGAGGAUCUCCAUGUCAAUGCCCUUUUCCACGGCCUCCCUUCCCGGUUCCAUCAUUUGCGAAACGAGCAGUUCGGUGGGAGUGCUCGCAAGACAGCCGCCGAUAUCGAACUCACUAUCGCCAACAUUGAUGCUGCGGCAUCCUACUUCGCGUCGUCAUCUCCUGCAGCUCUCGCUGUCUCCGUCUGCCGCUCUGACGAAACUCUUACUGCCUUCUACACGAGACUUUCUUGCAAAUGGCGUCAACCCUCUGCUGCGCAUCCUUGUGCCCGUUGCGGUUCCCCCGACCACUGGGUUGUCAGCUGCCCCUCUCCACCCGUGUCCUCCCAUCCCGCCCAUCCCGGGGCUCCCGAUUCCCAAAGAAGCAGGCGGACACAAGCUACUUCCUGUCCAAUGGGAGCGUUACGUGGGAGGCAAGUACUGCGACAAACUUUCAGGGACAAAUUGAAAUUGGCGAAACAGGGGCCUAAUGGCUCUAAAAAAGGACGAUGGGAAGUCUAUGUGGCGGCUCGAGAGAGCGCCUCAUUAAAAGACAUCAGGAACAAGCAGAAGCGACAGACGACGAUCAAGCUCGAUCCAGCAGCGGUAUUAUGGAACCGUUGGCGUGACAGAGCUCCCAAAGAUUGGUCUGAGCUAGUCAAGCUGUUGAAAAAUGUUUGUUUACUGGUGCUAACACUUAAACUCUCGUAUCCAACAAGAUUUGAAUAGAGUAAAGUAAUCCGUUACCAAGCUACUAUUAUGGACCUAUAUACAUUUCUACGCUCGCCACUACAAGCUAAAUGAUAUCAAGGUAUCCACUUCGUGAAAUAAUAAGCACAUCGCCCACUACCUCUUCUCUCGUCACAUAACCACCUACUACUUUGAAUUCCUUCUUCUGGCUCUAAGGCAAGUUAGCUGUAGAGGAUAAUGCAGACGGAAAACCUGGAGAGGUUUAAUGGCGGCCCUCCGGGUUAACAAUCCUAAUAAGCCUCCACAGGGAGGAUGAAGAACAUUCCAAUAAUAGACCACGGAAACUUUAUGGGUCAUACAAAUGCAUUCGAGUUUAUCUACAACUAUCUCAAUUUCUCUCGCAACCAACGCGAUAAAUGUCGAUCUGGUUCAACCGCACCAUAAAUAUCAGAAAAUUCGACUGCUGGGAAUAGCAC